UUUUGUAUCAACUUGAGAAUAAAAAUGGAAAGCUCAUCACACUCGAAGCAAGACCAAGAUGUACAAAACAAAGAAACUGAGGAGGUUAAAUGCAAAUAUGAAACAGUUCAUCCAUUUGAAAAUCAAGCCAACUAACCAGUCCACCCCACAGUUAAGAAAGACCGAACCGAAGCCUCCAUGCUAGGAGCUAUAAGAAUUAAGAAAGAUACCCAAAUUUGAUCCAAUUCUUUCGUUUGGUGCUUCCAAACAAACAGCCGCGCUCCAUUUUUCUGGGUUUCUUUCUGUCAUUUUCAAGGAAACUUGAUAUGGCUCCCCUGACCAGAAUUGGCCUAGCUGGCCUUGCUGUCAUGGGUCAAAAUCUUGCCCUCAAUAUUGCUGAGAAAGGAUUUCCUAUUUCUGUGUAUAAUCGGACCACCUUAAAAGUUGAUGAGACAGUUGAACGAGCCAAGCAGGAGGGAGAUCUUCCCUUAUAUGGUUUCCAUGAUCCUGAAUCCUUUGUUAAGUCAAUCCAAAAACCUCGUGUGAUAAUCAUACUUGUUAAGGCCGGUGCCCCUGUCGACCAAACCAUCAAAACACUGUCAGUUUACAUGGAGAAAGGAGAUUGUAUCAUAGAUGGUGGUAAUGAAUGGUAUGAGAACACUGAGAGGAGGGAGAAAGCCUUGGCUGAAUUAGGUUUGCUUUAUCUUGGAAUGGGAGUUUCAGGUGGUGAAGAUGGUGCUCGGCAUGGACCAUCUUUAAUGCCAGGUGGUUCCUUUGAGGCCUACAAACACAUAGAAGAUAUCCUUCUUAAGGUGGCUGCUCAAGUUCCUGAUAGUGGUCCUUGUGUCACUUAUAUUGGCAAAGGAGGAUCUGGCAAUUUUGUUAAGAUGGUUCACAAUGGGAUAGAAUACGGUGAUAUGCAGCUGAUUGCAGAGGCCUAUGAUGUUCUGAAAUCAGUUGGGAAGCUCACCAACGAGGAUCUAUGUCAGGUUUUCUCUGAAUGGAACAAGGGGGAGCUGCUGAGUUUCUUGAUUGAGAUCACUGCAGAUAUAUUUGGAAUUAAGGAUGACAAGGGAGAAGGAUAUUUGGUCGACAAGGUAUUGGAUAAAACUGGCAUGAAGGGUACUGGUAAGUGGACGGUUCAGCAAGCUGCUGAGUUGUCAGUUGCUGCUCCCACUAUAGCGUCAUCCUUGGAUGGAAGAUUCCUCAGUGGCCUGAAGGAAGAAAGAGUUGAAGCUGCAAAAGUCUUCAAAUCAAGCGGCAUUAGAGACAUGCUAGCUGACCAAGUCGUGGAUAAGGAAAAAUUGAUCCAUGAUGUGAGACAAGCACUAUAUGCGUCCAAAAUAUGCAGCUAUGCCCAGGGUAUGAACUUGAUACGUGCAAAGAGUGCUGAAAAGGGAUGGGAUUUGAAACUGGGGCAGUUAACAAGGAUUUGGAAGGGUGGUUGCAUCAUCCGUGCUGUCUUCUUGGACCGUAUCAAGAAGGCUUAUGAUAGAAACCCAAACCUGCCUAAUCUUCUUGUGGAUCCAGAAUUUGCAAAAGAAAUUAUUGAGAGACAAUCUGCUUGGAGAAGAGUUGUAUCCAUUGCUAUCAACUCUGGUAUCAGCACCCCUGGUAUGUCUUCUAGCCUUGCGUAUUUUGACACAUACAGGAGGUCCAGGCUGCCUGCUAAUUUGGUCCAAGCUCAACGAGAUUAUUUUGGAGCACAUACAUAUGAGAGGAUUGAUAUAGAUGGAUCCUUCCAUACUGAGUGGUUUAAAAUUGCUAAACAGUCAAAGAUCUAAGUUUAGUUUACUCUCAGUGGUAAUGUAGUAAUCUGCCUUGGUGACUUGUUGUCAUAAAACCUAAUAAUAUUGCCUUUGUGGCUUAAAAUGAGUAUGUUUAUUUUGUUGUCUUGCA